UAGAUACGCUGAAAUGCUUAAGGAGAAAGCCAGAAUUCUUUCCUAUAAAUAAGGAGAUUGCUUAAAAGUGCUCAUUCGUGUGAAUUAUUAGGCUGUUUGCUAUAAAUGGUAUCAUCGAUUCUUUCUAUUAUUUACAUUCAUUGUGCUAAUCAAUCAAGAAACUAUGGCUCUAGAAGAUACAAAAUACACAUGUGUAGCAGCCAUCUUUGGAGUGACUGGGCUGGUGGGGAAGGAACUCGCAAGAAUGCUUCUUGCGACACGUAAAUGGAAGGUUUAUGGUAUUGCUCGCCGGCCAGACAACAUCGAGAUGGUACGGCAGCGUCCUGGCUACCAUUUCAUUUCGUGCGACCUCCUUAGCCCUUUGGAAACACAGGCAAAGCUCCCGUCUCUAUUAGAGGACAUAACCCACAUAUUCUGGGUCACUUGGGCUAGCCAGUUUCCUCUGGAUAGCUCUGAGUGUUACGAGCAGAAUAAGGCCAUGAUGGCUAACGUCCUUAAUGCCGUCCUCCCAAACGCCAAGGCGCUAAGGCACGUUUCUCUCCAGACUGGGACUAAGCAUUACGUCUCGUUGCAAGGUAAUUCUCUUGGCAAAGAAGUCGGCCACUAUGAAGAGAAAUCCCCAAGGGUGGCUACAGGGUAUAACUUUUAUUACGCCCUUGAAGACUUGCUGCAAGAUAGACUGCCGAGUCAUAAGGUGGCUUGGACGAUUCACAGGCCUGGACUGAUCAUGGGUUGCUCUCGGGCUACUUUGUACAAUUUCAUUGGCAGCAUAUGUGUAUAUGGAACUAUCUGUAAGUAUCUGAACCUCCCGUUUCUUUUCGGGGGCACUAAAGGAUGCUGGGAAGAAAUGUGCAUCGACGCCUCUGAUGCACGUCUUGUGGCCGAGCAACACGUUUGGGCUGCUACUAGUGAUGAUCCAGCCGUGCAGCGACCUGGUAGUGGGCAAGUUUUCAAUGCGGUAAAUGGUGAACCUUAUUCAUGGAAGGAGAUCUGGCCGGCUAUCGGUGCUAAGCUUGGGGUGGACGGGCUAGAGAAGUGCACGUUUUGUGGGGAUUUGAUGUUUUCAUCUGCCAUGGCUGACAAAGGAGGGGUUUGGAAAGAAAUAGUCGCAAAGGAGGGGCUCGUGCGCACUGAGAUGGAAGAAUUGGCUAACUGGGACUUUCUUGAUAUUUUGUUCCGAUGUCCUAUGAAGAUGUUGGCUACUAGACAGAAGGCUGAUCUGAUGGGAUUCAAGACUAGGUACCAUGUUUUGGAUUCGAUAUUGUAUUGGAUUGAUGUGAUGAGGGCCGAGAAAUAUAUCCCGUGAUCAUUCAACUAUGUAGCAGUUCAGCUAUGGAGAUGAGAGGUGGUGCUUGGGAUGAGGUGCACCACUAAGUUGGUCUGGCCCUCAAAAUAUUUCUGAAUCAAGAAUGUGUAUAAAUAAGGAUGGGAUUUAGUACUUUGAUUUUAUGAGUUUGUUUUGAAGUGGUUUUCUUUUAUCAAUUUGUGGAAGGAAGGGCAGAAGUAUUCAUGUAAUUUAUGGCCAAAUCCUCGUGCUCUCAGCUGAUACAUUCCCCCACUUCUACAAGUCUCAUGUUGGUAGUUAACUAUGAACAGAUAUUGGCAAUAUUUGCUUGUAUUUUGGGAGUAUAUUUUGUAAUUCUGAUAUUAAUUGUUUUUUA